CCAAUAAUACUCCGAAACUUGGUUCGAGGCCGCACGGAAACUCCAUAAUUUCAUCACCUAUCUCCUUCUUUCUUCAAAUCCCUGCUACACUCUGCAACUAAUGGCGUUUUCCUCACUGCCCAUCAUCUUCUUCUUGCUUUUCAUCUCUCUGAUCUCCCCAAUUUCCCACUCCAUACCCUUCGUUGUACUCCACGGUAUUGGAGAUAAGUGCUCCCAUAGAGGCGUCAAGCAGUUUACUAAGUACUUGAGUGAUAACUCGGGUGCGGAAGGAUAUUGCAUAGAAAUUGGUAAUGGGCCGUGGGAUUCGUGGUUCAUGCCCCUUGAGAAGCAGACUCAAAUUGUUUGCGACAAGGUGAAAGAAAUGAAAGUGCUAAGAAAGGGCUUCAACAUUGUUGGCCUCUCCCAGGGUAACUUAAUUGGCCGAGGAGUUGUUGAAUUCUGCGAUGGAGCACCUCCCGUUAAUAAUUUCAUCUCUUUGGGCGGUCCUCACGCUGGCACGGCCUCGGUUCCACUUUGUGGUUCUGGCAUAUGGUGUAUACUUGCAGAUGACCUUUUGAAGUUAGCUGUCUACUCGGACGUUGUCCAAAAUGCAUUGGCUCCCAGUGGUUAUCUUAAACUACCAAAUGAUAUUCCCGAAUAUUUAGAGCACUGUAAAUUUCUCCCGAAGCUUAAUAAUGAACGUCCAGAUGCCAGAAACUCCACUUACAAGGAACGAUUCAGCAGCUUAAGGAACUUGGUGCUUAUCAUGUCGGAUGACGAUACAGUUCUGAUCCCAAAGGAAACAUCUUGGUUCGGAUAUUAUCCAGAUGGGGAGCUUAAGUCGAAGUCCAUCUUACCAGCACAACAGACAAAGCUUUACAUCGAGGAUUGGAUUGGAUUGAGAAGUUUGGACGAAGCUGGAAGAGUGAAAUUUAUAAAAGUUGCAGGAGGUCAUCUUGGAAUAUCUAAUAGUGAUAUGAAAAAGUACAUUGUGCCUUACUUGGUGGAUUUACAAAAGAAGCAUGUUUCUUGGAGUUGAGCUUCAAGCUGCAAUCAAAUACUAAAAACCCCUUAUUUAUAUUUGUAUGUUAAAAUAUUAUACUUUUAUCAUGAAAGAGACAAGAUUUUUAUACUAGUAUUUUAUUUAGCAUCA